AUGGAGGUGACUCCCGGCUCCAUCGACGCCGAGGAGCUGCGGGUGGUGCUCCGGGGGUGUCUCCGGGAGAGCUCCCUGGCCCUUCCCGAGGAGCGGCUCGGGGCCCUGAGCCAGGCCCUGCUCCAGGCCCUCGACCGGGAUCACAGCGGCUCCAUCACCUUCCCGGAGCUCCGGGAGCAGCUGGAAGCGUUUCCGGAACUCCUGGAGAACCUGAGCAUCAGUGCCGCCAGCUGGCUGAAGCCCCCCAGUGCCAGUCCCUCUGAGCCCUGGCUGUGCUGCUGUUCCCGGGAAUCCCUCGGGGACCGGCGGGCCGGGAUGUGCUGCUGUUCCCGGGAAUCCCACGGGGACCGGCGGGCGGGGAUGUGCUGCUGUUCCCGGGAAUCCCUCGGGGACCGGCGGGCCGGGAUGUGCUGCUUUUCCCGGGAAUCCCACGGGGACCAGCGGGCCCGGCGGUGCUGCCUGGGGGCCUGGCUCGCCACCACGGCGCUCCUGCUCGCCCUGGGCGCUCUGUGGCACCGGGAGCGCGGCCCCGCCCUGGCGCUGGCCCGGGGCUGCGGGCAGAGCCUCAACCUCAACUGCGCCCUGCUGGCCGCGCUGAUGCUGCGGCGCUCUCUGACCUGGCUGCGCUCCACGCCGCUGGCGGAGCUGUUCCCGCUGGAGCUGCACGUGCGGGGCCACGAGCGCGUGGGACACCUGGUGCUGGCUCUGGGGACCGCGCACGCGGGGGCACACCUGGCACAGGCGGGCCUGGCACAGCGGGACUGGCUGGUGGCGCUGGGCGAGUACGCGCGGCGGGCGCGGCCGGGCGCUGGCGGCCUUGGUGGCACUGCCCCGCAGACCGGGCUGGCACUGCUGGCGCUGCUCCUGGCCAUGCUGGCCUGCUCCAGCCCCUGCGUGCGGCGCGGCGGCCACUUCGAGGUUUUCUACUGGAGCCACCUCUCCUACAUCCCCGUGUGGAUCCUGCUGCUCUUGCACGGUCCCCACUUCUGGAAGUGGUUCCUGAUUCCCGGCUCCCUGUUUGUGCUGGAGAAGGUUCUGGGCUGGGCGUGGCGCCGGGCAGGGGAUCUGCACAUCCUGGAGGCCAAGCUGCUGCCCUCCAAGGUGACCCACCUGGUGAUCCAGAGGCCAAAAUCCUUCCGCUUCCAGCCGGGGGAUUACGUCUACCUGAACAUCCCGGCCAUCGCCGCCUACGAGUGGCACCCCUUCUCCAUCAGCAGUGCUCCGGAGCAGCCAGAAACCCUGUGGCUGCACAUCCGGGCGCGGGGCCAAUGGACCACCAAGCUCUACGAGUACUUCCAGCAGCUGGAAUUGCACGGCCCGGAGCCAAAUCUGCCCAGGAAAAGCUGGAUGGAGCGGAGGAGCCGGCACUGGGAACAGGAAGGAUCCGUGGCCUUCAGCAGGGACGGAGCCGUGGAGCUGACGGCAUUCCAAGCCUCUGGAGCCACUUUCCCAGGAAAGGACCCAGAGCAGGGGGGCGCUGGGCCCAGGGAGACCCAGCGGAGCUGCAGCGUCAAGUGCUUCCUGGACGGUCCCUACGGAACCCCGAGCCGGCGGAUCUUCACCUCGGAGCACGCCGUUCUCAUCGGAGCCGGCAUCGGGAUCACCCCCUUCGCCUCCAUCCUGCAGAGCAUCAUGUUCCGGUACCGGCGGCGGAAGCAGAGCUGCCCCAGCUGCCAUUUCUCCUGGAGCGAGGAACGGCGGGAUGAGGAGAUGACGCUCCGCAAGGUGGGAACGGGAGCGAGAGGGGAUGUGGGAUCCAGGCUUGGCCUGGGGUGGGGCUGCAGGGUCUGGAGGUGGAGAGCUCAGGAGCAUCCCUCAAAUCUGGGAGCUUUGGGAAUGGGGGCUGGAUCUGGUAUCAGGGUCUGGUGCCGGGAUCCAGUGAGAUCCCAAGGCGAGGCUUUCCCGCCCUGCCAGGUGGAUUUCAUCUGGAUCACACGGGACCAGCAGCACCUGCAGUGGUUCCUGGGCCUCCUGGCCAAGCUGGAGGCGGAGCAGGAGGAGCUGGAGCCGGGAGGUGAGCAGGAGCAUCCAGGUCAUUCCCGGGAAAACCCCCAGCCCGGUCCAGGCCCUGGAGCGGGGCCGGAUCCCGGCGGGCGGCUGGAAUCCCUGGGAUUGCCAGGGAAGUUCCUGGAGCUGCAGCUGUACAUGACCUCGGCGCUGGGCAAGGGCGACGUGAAGGCGCUGGGGCUGCAGCUGGCCCUGGACCUGCUGGCGGCCCGGGAACAGCGGGAUUCCAUCUCCGGGCUCCGCAGCCGCACCCGGCCCGGCCGCCCCGACUGGGACCAGGUGUUCGCCAAGGUGGCGGCGGAGCGGCGCGGGAAGGUCCGGGUGUUCUUCUGCGGCUCCGCGGGGCUGGCCAAGCUCAUCCGCGGGCACUGCCGGAGCUUCGGCUUCCGCUUCUCCAAGGAGAACUUCUGAGCGGGGCCGAUCCCGCGGCGUUCCGGCCGGGAUCCGCUGGGGCUGCCAGCGGGGGGUGGGGCCCGCGGAACGCUC